AUGCGCAGACGUCUGGUUUACAAAAACGGAGAGGUCAACAUCACGCAGACCAACAUCCGCAAACGCAGACGCCGGUAUCUGGCAGAUAUAUUUACUACAUUAGUAGACAUCAAGUGGCGGUACAACCUGAUGCUGUUUGCUAUGGCUUUCACAUUGAGCUGGCUUAUCUUCGCUCUCAUUUGGUGGCUGGUUUGCUUUUCACAUGGGGAUCUGGACCACCUCGAUAACAGUAAUUGGAAACCUUGUGUUAUUGAAAUCAAGUCUUUCACUUCGGCUCUUCUGUUUUCAAUAGAAACUCAGCACACGAUAGGCUACGGUCACAGACAUACAACAGAAGAGUGUCCGGAAGCUAUAGUUUUAAUGAUGUUUCAGUCGUGUUUUGGCGUCAUAUGCCAAGCUCUGAUGACCGGUAUAGUCUUCGCCAAACUCUCCCGGCCAAAGAAACGCGCAGAGACGCUUAUGUUCAGCAAAAGUGCGUGUAUUUGUAAGCAGGACGGUGACUUAUGUCUUUUGCUACGCGUGGGAGACAUGCGUAAAUCUCAGAUCGUGGAGGCUCAUUUGCGGGCUGUUCUCAUUAAGAAAAAGAUUACAAAAGAAGGCGACGUACUUCCCUUGUACCAGUUUGACGUUGAUUUGGGUUUCAACGAAGGCCGGGAUAGACUCUUUCUGGUUUGGCCUGUUAUAAUUGUGCACAAAAUAGACCAGGACAGUCCCUUUUGGGAGCUCUCACCAGAAGAUCUUCACAGAGAGCAGUUCGAGCUGAUUGUCAUUCUAGAGGGUAUAGUUGAAAGUACUGGUAUGACAACGCAAGCGCGGAGCUCCUAUCUACCGGGGGAAGUACUGUGGGGCCAUCGAUUCGAACGACUUGUUACAUUCCAGAAAGAAAACGGUCAAUACCAGAUCGACUUCUCACGCUUUCACAAUACAGUUCCUGUGGAUACGCCCAACUGCAGCGCCAAGGAACUCGCGGAAAUGACGGCUAGCGGACAAACCCCGGAGCAAGCAUUCUGUGGUGCGCGACCAGCAGAUGAUGACGACGACGACGAUGACGACGAUGAAGUAGAAGAAGGAGAGAACGCGUCAUUGGCUUCUAAAUCAGACAGGUACUUGAAGAGCAACGGCCCGUACGUAAUCAAACGCCACGGCGCCGCCCAAACUGAGUACUUUGGGGACGAUUACGAUUCCUUAGCUAGCAAACAAAGCUCUAGCUCUGAUAUCGAUAUGUAA